CGGGGUGACGUCCCAGCCAGGAGCUCUCGUGACUCCUUCUCCUCCUCCUCUUUCUUCGUCCAUGGUCUCCUUUUGAUUCUGCAUGACAGAAGUCAGUCUCAUCUUGAUGUGAGGAUGCUGUCGGUUGCACUGUUGGUGUUGGCCCUCUGUGGCACGGCCCUUAGUGAUCCAGUUUACAGAGCAGGGGCACCCAGAUGGGACCCUUACCAUGGACAAGCCAUCUUCCAGGGAAAGAAGCACGCACGCCUUCUGAAGCAAGGAGCUGGCCUCGACCCGGAGGUCGACAUGAACAUUUCUGAGAUCAUCCGUCGCUGGGACUACCCGGUGGAGGAGCAUGACGUGGUGACGGAGGACGGCUACAUCCUGUCCGUCAACAGGAUCCCCCACGGCCUGCAUCAGAAGGCCUCAGGCCCCAGGCCCGCGGUGCUCCUGCAGCACGGCCUGUUGGCGGCCGGCAGCAACUGGAUCACCAACCCGCCCAACUCCAGCCUGGGCUACGUGCUGGCGGACGCCGGCUACGACGUGUGGAUCGCCAACAGUCGCGGGAACACCUGGUCCCGGAGACACGUGGAGCUGGACCCAGAGCAGGACGCCUUCUGGAAGUUCAGUUAUGAUGAGAUGGCCCAGAAGGACCUGCCUGCCAUGGUGGACUACAUCCUGAAGAUCACGAGCCAGGAGAAGAUCUUCUACAUGGGACACUCCCAGGGAACCACCAUAGCCUUCCUGGCGUUCUCAAGCAUGCCCGAGCUGGCCAGUAAGAUCAAGCUGUUUGUGGGUCUGGCUCCAGUCGCCACCGUGGCCUUCGCCAAAAGCCCCAUUACCAAGCUGUCGUUCCUCCCCGACUUCCUGAUAUGGGACCUAUUCGGCAGGAAGAAAUUCCUCCCCCAGAAUGACAUGAUCAAAUGGUUCGCAGAGAACAUCUGCAACAAGGUGGUCCUCAGCGAGCUGUGCGGCAACCUCUUCUUCCUCCUCUGUGGCUUCGACGAGCUAAACCUCAACAUGACCCGUGUCCCCGUCUACACCACCCACUGCCCCGCCGGCACCUCGGUGCAGAACAUGAUCCACUGGUCCCAGGCCGUGCAUGGUGGAAGGCUCAUGGGUUACGACUAUGGGUACAAUGGGAACAUGGCUCACUACAACCAGUCCACUCCCCCUCUGUACCACGUGAAGGACAUGACGGUUCCCACUGCUCUGUUUACCGGGGGACAUGAUACGCUGGCGGACCCCAAAGACGUGGCCCUCCUGCUCACUCAGGUCUCCAACCUGGUCUUCCACAAGCACAUCAAGCACUGGGAACAUCUGGACUUCAUCUGGGGCCUUGACGCCCCUGAACAGAUGUAUCCAGACAUCCUCAAACUCAUGCAGCUCCACGAUAAAUCUGCAGGAAGGGUUCUACCUAUGUGUGUGUUGGUGUUUUGUGUGUUUGUGUGUGUGUUGUGUGUUUGUUUUCAGACGGCAGAUUUGACUGUUUUUAAUCACCACCAGAGGUCACUAUCGUGUCGUACCUCUGUGUGUAGUGACUUAUGAACAAAACUAAGCAACUAUGAACAAUGGACAGAAUAAUAUUUUAUUGUGAAGGGAAAAAGGAUAGGAAUGGGUUGGUGGAACCACUGACUACUUGUAUCUACUAUUUUUGGUUGACUUUGUGUGUGUGUGUGUGUGUGUGUGUGUGUGUGUGUGUGUGUCUGUCUGUCUCUAAUAGAGACUGUGACACUGAGGCCUUGAAUCAGAUGUUUUCUACUUUUUUAAUGAAAUCUGAAAUCUUGACUUUAAAGCUUUGUUUCUUUCUAAGAUUAGCAACUAGGAACAAUAUACAGAAUAAAGUUUUUAAUGCAAAGGGUAGGAGGAGAGGAAUGGAUGAGUACUUUUAUCUGAGUACUUUUAUCUGGUUACAUUCUUUGGAUGUGUUUGUGUGUGGUUUGAGUUAA